UCGUCCUGAGAGCGGUCAGCUAAGCACACAAGAGGGGCACAUGUGACGUCAGCGUACGUCCCUGCGUGAGAGCCCUCACGGAGUCUGUAGACCUGCUCCAGGUGAACACACUGUCCCACAAGUGUAAAUAAUAAGAAAUAAAACCAUGUUCACAGGGAUGUUAUAAGGAUGUCAGUUAUUGUCUACUUUUCAAGGCCACAGCAACUUUGAUGCCUCAAAACGGAUUCUGCAAACUUUUUGUGUCUUCUGAGUUUCUUUUAGUGUCAGUCAACCACAGUCAUCUCCACAGUUCCCUUUUAGAAGAGGAAAUAAAGGGUAGUUGAACAAUCUGACCUAUAGCCUAACAGUUUGUUCCUUAAGAAGAAAAGCUUACAUUUGACCGAUUGAACUAAAGAGUAGUGACAAGAGUCCAAGAGAGGUAGAGGAAGGAGAGGGAAAGUGGACAAGUUAUAGCAACUACAAGAGGAGAAUAUGGUUGGAGGAGCUGCAAAAAUAAUCUGGCUGCUGGUUGCAGUCUGUCUAAAAGGUGUUAUUGCUGGUGAUUGGUCAGUUCGUCUCCCCUCAAGUCCUAUCUGCGUUGUGAGUGGUUCCUCAGUGGUAUUUCCUUGUUCCUAUGACUACCCCCAAAGUUCCAAUGAAACCACCUCUGCUCAGGCUGGAGGAGAAGUUUUGUCUGAGAUGUGGUGUCUCGAGGACAGCCGCUGUAUCACACCUAGCUAUGUCUUCCACAGCGAUGGCAUCUUCCCUGAUCCAUCCUACCAGAGCAGAGUGGAGUACCUGGGACGACCAGGAACAAAGAACUGUUCUCUGAGGAUUUCUGAUCUGAGGCAGUCGGACAGCGGAGCUUACGUGUUUUACAUCAUCACAAGCCACCCGACACAGAAGAUGCCGGAGCAGAGAGGUGUACAUCUGCUGGUGGCAGACUCCUUUAGCGCAGUCUCAGUGUCAGCAAGUCCAUCCAGUGACAUCACAGAAGGCAGGACCUUACGUCUGGCCUGCUCCAGCCCUGCAGCCACGCCACAGACUCGUUUCAGAUGGUACAAGAGCACGAGCAGCAGCCUGAAACACACCGACCAAGUGUGGAGCGUCAGCGACAUCACAUCUGAGGCCUCAGGCAGCUACUUCUGUCAGAUACAGACCGGAGAUAAAGUGCAAAACUCAACAAUGCUGCACAUUGAUGUCCAGUACUCUCCUCGAAACACGACUGUAUCAGGCUCACCCUCUUUUGACCUGAAAGAUGACCUUCCUGUGACUCUGACCUGCAGCAGUGAUGCUAACCCACCUGUCCACACAUACACCUGGUACACGGGUGCAGCAUGUCUCCCUACAUCAGACAAAAGCUUUUAUCAAGCCAUACAGACAGGAAGAGCCCCGACGCUCAGCAGCACCAAGGAGCCAGGACUGCACUGCUGUGUUGCACAUAACAAACAUGGAUCACAGACUUUCAGCGUGACACUCAUGAGCUCCAGAGCAUUAACCCCAUCAGAGUCUUCAGGAGGCAGAUGGGUGAUGAUCGGAGUGACCAUCGGAGUUCUGCUGGUUGUUAUAGCCACAGUGGCCUUUCUCCUGAGCAGGAGACGAAAGUCAUCGAGAAACCAGUCAUAUGUCCUCACAGCGACUAAUGCAUCUUAAGGACUCAGCAAGACCACGGCCUGUUGUGUGCAAACUUCAAACAGAUGACAGACACACAAAAGACAAGAGACAUUUUUUUUAUUUCACUCCAAUAACUCAAGAGAGGUAUUAACUGUUUCUCAAUACCCUCGAUCUUGUGUGUUUGCCUUCAUGCAUUGUGUACAUUUAAUGUGGAAACACCUUGAAACUAGAGCACGUUUCAGCCUGGUCGGACAUUACUGAAAUUGUGUCUACAGAAAAAGAGACAGCUUUAAAUCCUGUUGACAGUGGUGUUAUUUCACACAGAGAUGUGGCUGAUUCUACUGCACAUGCUCAGGACAAAGAGCUGAAUCACUGAAGUCCUGGGGGUCAGUCGGCUGAAAGAGGAUGAACUCGGCUGACAGUUUGAUUAGAAAAUUGCUGGAAGUGAAGCAACUCUUAUUUUUAUGAUGUUCUAUUUUUUUUUGUUCAAUUUAUUUAAAUACAAUUGUGCUGUGGGAGAAGCUAAAUGCUGCUACAAGGAAUACACCUAGCCAUCUUCAAGUUAAAAUCUGAAUUUAUAAAUGAGAAAUUAGACCGUCUAAGCCCUUAUUAUCCCCAAGCUGUAAUAAAAAGGGCCGUGCUGAGGUUGUUUGAAUUGAGACAGUGUCCGAUGUGAAGUUAAAUACACCCUUGACAGUUUGUCACAAAAGACCACAAGAAGACAUCCAGAGCUGUUUGUAAGCAUGGACACAAAGCAAGUACUGUAUGAGCAAUGUCCAGCCUGAAAGCCUGUUUGUGAUGAUGAGCAUGAUGAUGAUGAUGAUGAUGGAAAAUAUGAUCCUAAUGAUCCAAUUAAAUGCUAUUGGAAGAGA